AUGGUGGCCCCCAAGGCGGGCUCAUCUUGUGCCACGGGCUGUGGGAUCAUCAUCGGUGUGCUGGUGGCUCUUCUGGUUUUUGUUGCCGGAGUCUUGCAACAUUUGGAUAGCCUCUAUAAUAUAGGUUUCGAUCUUGCCAAGUAUUACUCCUAUGAGGAGAUCUUGUUUAGGAAUUUGGACGUCAAUGAGGAUGGCUGGCUCAGCUUGGAAGAGUUCGCCGCUGUGGCUCAUAAAAUUACACCUAUGCAAAGGGAACGUGUAGACAUAGAAGAGAAAAACGUGACUCUAGAGACAUUUUUCCAGCCUUUGGAUAUGUCCAGUUUGAGAAGUUUUUCCGAUCCGGAAUCUCAGUCUCAGAUGAAGACCUCCAUAGAAUGGCAAGGCCUGCUCCAGUGGAAAACCGCGCCACAAACACAGCUGAAUACAACAAAUAGGAAGCUGUCUUUCUUCCUUCCCCAAGCAAUGUCCAUUGACGUGGGAGUUCCAUGGCCGCUUUUUCUCACGAGUGACGUCAUGGAAGACGCGAACAUGCGCUAUGAGCCGCCUCCGUCGCAGGGUAUCCAGGCUGUCAUAGAGGAUAUUCUAAGCGGACUUCACCCAAGACCGUUUCUACAGCUACGCUUUGGCCCCCAAGGUGGUCACGCUGUCCUGAAAGAAAAGUCCCUUAAACACUUUGACAUUGCCUUCAGGUUUCACGCCGAGUUUCAGUUAAACACUCCACCAGCACCGCCGUUUUGGUUCACGCCUGCGCAAUUCUCCGGAAAUGUAAUUUUGUCUCAUAAUGGCGAGGAGGUUAAACAUUUUCACAUAUAUGUUCCAACAAAAAGACAUCUCAAUGUUGAUAUGGAGAUCGUGUCCAACAUGGACUCGCCUGAAAAUGUACUCGCUGAAAUUGGUUUCAUUCCUCAAAUGGAAAUUAGGACGAAGGACACGUCAGAUUUUGAAAUUUCCAGAGAAGACGACGCCAAUCUAUGGCGCGAAUCCAUUACAUCUGAAGAAGCGGAUAAGAUCUUAGACAAAGCCUUUAAUCCAUUCAAACAGGUGGAAUACUUACCGUUUAGAGAAGCGUUCGAGAGAGCCAGAGAGGAGAGCAAACUGGUGCAUUCCAUCGUGCUCUGGGGGGCAUUGGAUGACCAAUCAUGCUGAGGUUCGGGGCGGACUCUCCGAGCCUCUGCUCUGAAGAGUUCGCCCGUUGUGUCCAUGCUGCAGAACUACUUUGUUAGUACUUGGUCUUUGGAAGCAGAGAUCCAGGAGCUGACAAAGAGCUCUGAGGAGCCAGUAGCCACACUGGCUCAACACUCGCUGGAGGCAUACACGUUUCCGGUCCAGAUCAGUGUUCACCACAUAAACGGCACUGUCGUGUACACGGAAAACCUGAACUAUUUGCUGGAGAAGCCUACAGAUACUGAUAUGUUCAUGAAAGACGGUUUUCAGGACAAUAUUUCGUACAACUACUAUCAGCUACUGAAGAAGAGUCUAGAACUGUCUGGCACCGACUUUUAAACAGCCCGGAUAUCAACGAGAAGACAGCGCAUGAGCACUCUCCUUCCAGAUCUUUUCAGCGAAGAAAAUACUUGUAUAUUCAAAAUCAUGUGAGCGAGUGAUUAAGGCCUUAUUUAUAUACAUGUAAGCUUAUGUUUGCUUACCUGGUUGAUUGUUGUGUUAAAUGCCUGUAUACGUUUUCACAUAUCAGUGUAUGUCAUCAUGAGGGUUGUAUGAAGAAUGGUUAAUGGCGGAAUGACGUGUAUCUGUCUAAACUCCCAGUGACUGACGACACACUGAUGCAUGGCUUAACUAUCGCUUUACCUUCUCAUUUGCUGCAAAUGCACUGAUGGUUUAAACGUAUCUAAUAGAACCGACAUACAAUUAAAAAAUAACAAAAAUAUUAUUGAUUAUGUUCACUGAAUACUGUGACCUCCAGUGUGAUCAUACACGAUGCGAUGUUUUAAAAUAUUACGCAGAUUUCAGUGUUACUUUUCUCAUUCAAUAAGUUAGAAAUUUUCAAUUACAAACCAGCCACCAAUAUACUCAGAACGGCUGGCUCUCGUUGGAACCACAUUAAUUUAGAGGCUCCACAAUCUGAAACAACUUAUGAUACAAACAACGAAGUGCCGAUACAUUGAACCGAUUCAUUAAAACCAGUAUUGCUUUUUUUUUUCUUGUUUUUACGGGAAAAUGUUAUUAAAGGAAUCAGUUUUCUACCUUUGAAAAUUCAAAACCAAAUGCAUUUAUUUAACCAUCCAAAUUAGUCAGGUCAGCAUACCAGACCUGAAAGCUUUUCCAGUAGAAGGUUUAUGCAACAUGUCUGUACAUGAAGAACGCGACUGGAAAUGAAAGCCUGGCGGUCUAUGGUGCAUAACAUUGCAUUGCAAAUUGAACUCUUGCCAGGUCCCAAACAUUUGUAAAUUAUAAUGCAUGGGGAGUUUUCAACUUCGCCAGCCUUGGCAUUAACCUGUGUUCACGUGAAGUAAUUUGUCGUCAUUUCAAUGUUAACAUCCUGUUACACUCAUAAUAUAAGCGUACGUGGGAAGGUCUGUCAGUGACAUGCGGAUGGCCGUAGUUUUCCUCCGGGCUCUUUCAGGUUUCCUCCCACCUUAAAGGUGUGAGUGAAGCAUUCUU